AAGGAGUAAGAAACGUCAGAAUCAGCUGUUUGUAAACAAACCUACCCUUUCCUAAAGCAGUCGACCCAGUUUACAAGGCUAAAUGUUUUUGGUGAUCAAAACAAUCAUUGGAAAAUCGAUCAAUUCCGCAGCGUGGCACAGAACGACAACGUUUAGUAGCAUGUCCAAGAAAUCCAGUAAAGCAGCUGGAGGCAAACAUUCAAAAUCUGGAAAAGAUGAGAUAAACAACACACCGGCACCGAAUGGUCCUGUACUGGUAGAUGCAAAGACUGGAAACUUGAUCGUUAAAAUAUUGGCCAAACCGGGAGCUAAAACAAGCGGAAUCACCGAUGUUAGUGAGGAAGGAAUCGGUUGUCAAAUAGCCGCCCCUCCGAUCGAUGGUGAAGCCAACACGGAAUUAAUCAAAUAUCUUUCCAAACUGCUGGAGCUACGCAAGAGCGAUAUUAGUCUCGAUCGAGGAUCUAAAUCACGUCAGAAGACGAUCGUGCUGGAUAAAGAUGGUUGUCGACAUAGUCCAGAACAGUUAGUUGCCAUAUUUCGUAAAGAAGCGUUCACCGGAAUGUAAUCUCUUGCCAGGUGCGAAAGGCGAUCGAUCGAUGGAAGCGGUUCUGAUUCUAAAGAUUCCAAACCACAAAAGCAGGGAGGAGAAUAGAGACAUUGACUACAACAAACUUCUUGGUUUGUUACAACAAACUACAACAACAACUUCUCGGAUGAAGAAGGAUUAAAUACUUCAAACGAAAUUACAAUUGCGUCGAUCGGAAACAAUGAGAAUUUUAUAGCGAUAUCAUCGAUAUAUCAGAUAAAGUGGAGCAGAUCUUACAGGCUAUUGAAUACAGCCAUGCUACUUGUAGAACGUAGCUUAGCUAUAAGCGGAUCAAAAACGAAGGAACGGAUAUUUGUAAUAUAUUUAUUUCUUAAACUUUGACCUCAUUUCGCUAUUGAACAUCGUACAAUGUGUAAGGGACGUGAAUGCCUGUGGCUCUGUCUGCAUCAUCGCGGCAUGCCACGUGAAUCGUUUGGCCAAAAAUCCACAAUUACAGUGCAUAUGUGUCCCAAAGGAGGAUAUAAAUUGCUGUGUGAUAAACUGAUAAAAACAAGUACCGUUGUGGUUAAAUAAUACUACUUUCUAUACCCAUGCCCGGGAUACAAUGCAAGUAGCGGUGCUUUGUUUACUAUAU